CUAACUCAGAUCAGAUUCUCUCUUGCCAUCAAAGACCCAAACGCCGUGGUCCGUGACUUUCGGCUCUCAGAUCUUCCGCCGGGACUCCUCUAAGAUUUUCCUGAUUUUUCAUUCUGAACUUCUAUUCCACCCUUGAAAUUGUAACACCAACACCGUUCUCCACCGCCCACGAAUACUCCAUGGACGCAUCCACGAUGCCAGGCCAGCGGUCACCAUUAGAUGAAUCAUCACAUCGCCCUUCUACAAUUACUUCUUCUCCUUACGACAUCCUUUGUUGCAUGCCUAUAUUUAAGGCCGUGGAUUCUCAUAAGAAGUUGAUUUCGAGAUGGUAUACAAUUAAAGUUGAGGCCGACUGUCCUCUGAAGGUCGAUAGUGAAGAUAGUGAAGAGAUCUUUCCAUUUUGGGAAGGUGAACUACCAAAUUGCUCUAGCUUUGCAGCCAUAGCCCCCGAUUUGUAUUGUUUCGGUGGCAAGCGUCACUUUCAUCCUGAUCGUAAUCCAUCGGUUUCUGCCUAUGCUUGUAAAUUGGACGUUACCCGUUCAUCUACGGAGUGGAUUCCUGUUAUGCCAAUGAAAUAUCCUAGACUCGAUGCUCACGUCUUUGCAGUAGACGGUAAGUUUCAUGUGUUGGCUGGAGAUAUGACUAAUUCUUGUUCAAACGGCCUGGAACUUGAGGUUUUUGACCCGUUGACUCAAAAAUGGGAAGAAGUGCCUGAUGAUCCUCCACUUCCGGUGCAAUCUAAAUUUAUUUCUGCAGCUCUUGAGAAUCCAAACCGGAUUCUCGUUGCCACAAAAACAGCACAAUGUCGUCGUUUUUCAAGGACUUUUAUGAGUACUUUCUAUGCAUAUGAUGUGCGGCGUCGUUCCUGGGAGAAGCAUGCUGAGCGCAAGGUAGAUGCCAGAUGUCCUCUGGGAUAUAGCGGAAGGGCCGUAGCUGCAGUAGGUGAUACGCUGUACUGGUUAACAGACGCCACAAUGUUGCUUUCCUACAACUUAGCGCAGGACCUGUGGCUCAAAGGGAGUCUGAAAGGUGUAGGGAUAUCAUUUCUUGAUAAAUAUGAUGACCCCUACAAACCUGGUUUCGUUCAUCUGGAGAACCAAAUGUUCUGCGUUUUGCAGUGUGCAUUAUCUUCUUCUGAACUUGAGUGUGUCACUGUUCAUGUUGAGCCCACGUCGAGGAAGAAGUUGGUUAUAUCGGUAGUUGCUAUCCGGAAAUACGUGACGGAACUCCCCACCUCCGUAUCGAAAUGUCUUUCGCUGGGUAAGCAUGAGGUACAAAUUAGCGAAGAAGCCAGCCAGGCAAGAAUCAAACAAAAAAAAUAUUGAAGCACGGGGAAAGAGAAUUAUAAUUCUAGGUUGCUUUCUUAAUCUCUUAUGUUUUCAUGUUUUUCUUGUGUGAGAACUGUUAUUCACUCACGUUAGCUUGGUUUGAUUUGAUGAGGGCACUGAAAACAUGUAUGCACAAAAAUAAUUUUUAUUUUGUGAUGAAUUUUAAUUUAAAGUUAUUUGU